UUAAAUGUGUAUGACUGUUAUAAGAUGCUUGCUGAAGGUAGAGAUAUAGACAGAAAUACAAGACUUGAUCAAGAAACAAUAUGUCGGCUGCCAGAGUUAAAGGUGAAUCCAUUUAAAGACAGAAUUUGUAAAGUUUUCUCUUCCAGUGAUGAUGGCUCAAUGACAUUUGAAGACUUUUUAGAUAUGAUGUCAGUAUUUAGUGACAGUGCUCCAAAGAAUGUCAAAGUUAAUUAUGCUUUUAAGAUUUAUGAUUUCAGUAAUAAUAACAUGAUAACAAGUCAAGACUUAAAGGAAGUUGUUCAGCGUAUAACAAUGCCUGAUGAAUCAAGUGAUAAGCUAGUGGAUGAGGACUUACAGUUGCUUAUAGAUAAUAUUAUGGAAGAAGCAGACUUAGAUAAUGAUGACUGUUUGUCCUUCCAAGAAUUUGAACAUGUCCUCUCAAAGUCACCAGAUUUUGCAUCAUCAUUCUGUAUCCAUUUGUGAUUUUCUUCAUUUGUCAAUGAAGUUCUUCUUUGACUGGAACACAGGAAUAUUUUUCACUUAAAUAAUACCAAUAUUUUUUUAAUAACAACUAAAAUAUAUAUACUGUUGAUUGACUGAAUUCAAGAUAGUAGUUCACAAAUUCUUGAAAAUUGAUUAAUAAGGCAAACCUGCUAUUCUCCAUACUCUAACCUAAAACAGAUACCUCAUAUGCUUUUUGUUUUCUUUGACUGAAUUAUUUGUCUAUAUUUAAAUAUAUAACAGAUAUUGGUUGAAGGAAAAAAUUUAAAUAUUCAUAUACAUACACACACUCAUAUACACUUUGAUAUAUAUAU